AUGUCUACAACAACCUCAACGAAACAAAUAAAAUACCCAUGGUGGUACGGUGGUGCAGCAGGUAUAUUUGCAUGCGUUAACACGCACCCACUGGAUCUAGCGAAGGUUAGACUACAGGCAGCCCCUUUGCCCAAACCAACGUUGGGGAGGAUGCUCACCAGUAUAUUGAAAAACGAGGGUAUAUUGGGACUGUACUCUGGACUGAGUGCAGCUGUGCUGCGGCAAUGUACUUACACCACCGUGAGAUUCGGUAUAUACGAUAUGUUGAAGGAACAUUUGAUUCCUAAGGGUCAAUUGACCAACAUGGCGUACCUUUUGCCCUGUUCCAUGUUUUCAGGUGCUUUCGGUGGACUUGCUGGUAACUUUGCAGAUGUUGUCAACAUCAGAAUGCAAAACGAUUCGGCAUUGGAACCUUCGCUGAGAAGAAAUUACAAGAAUGCUUUUGAUGGUGUUUACAAGAUCUACCGUUACGAGGGUGGGUUGAAGACAAUGAUGACGGGCUGGAAACCAAACAUGGUGAGAGGUAUUCUAAUGACUGCCUCUCAGGUGGUCACUUACGAUGUAUUCAAAAACUACCUCGUCACAAAACUGCAAUUCGACCCAACGAAAAACUCCACCCACCUAUCUGCAUCUCUACUUGCUGGUCUUGUUGCCACAACCGUCUGUUCCCCAGCAGAUGUGAUCAAAACGCGCAUAAUGAACGGCAGUGGGGAGAACAAGUCGGCAAUGCAAAUACUGGUCUCCGCGGUUCGCAAAGAGGGACCAUCCUUUAUGUUCAGAGGAUGGUUGCCAAGUUUUACAAGGUUGGGCCCCUUCACAAUGCUGAUUUUCUUUGCCAUUGAACAAUUGAAGAAACAUAAAGUCGGUAUGAAGAGGGAAGACUACGAGUGA